AGUGACGUCAUACAUGCGCGACAACACCAGCACAGACAGGCAGCGCGACAGGUUCUGUUUAAACAUAUUUUCUGGUUUAAAACAAAUGUCUUUUUGUCCUGAGAGACAACUAUAGAUGAUUAAUAUUGUGAUGUUUAUGAGUGCACUGGUCUCGUGUUUGUUGUGAUAAGAUGUUUAUGCCUCGGUCAGUAAAGGUGAAGAGAAAGUCUGAAACUCACACAAACACUGAAGGGAAAAAACAAAACAAAGGAAACUCAGAUGACACAGAAACUGAUGCUACAGAAUCGCACAGUGUGGAUACAGAGGAGAAACCUGACAAAGACACCACGUCAUUACAAAGCGACUUAUUAAGAGCUGAAACAGGGGCGACUGAAGAAGAGGAGGAACCUUUAAAAUCGUUCAGGACAAGCCAGAGAUGGCCAAACCCAGGGGAACCAGUUUGUGUGAUGUGUGGUCGUUAUGGCGAGUACAUUUGCGACAACACUGACAAUGAUGUGUGCAGUCUGGAAUGUAAAGCCAGUCACUUGGCCACGGUGUGUGUGGGACUUACACAAAAGGUCUUCUCCAAAAUUAAACAUGAGGGUGCAGGCGUCUCUGCAUCAACAACACUUACUGACCAGACUGCAAACACCGCUGAACUCGCUUACUGCUAUCAAGAGGACGCAUUCAUAACAGAUUUGACUGAAGACCAGGUUGAAAGGGUGAAGAAAGAACUGGCCGUGGUUACUGAAGGACAGGAUGUCCCCAGGCCCAUCAUUGAAUUUGAGCACUGCCACUUUCUUGAAGUGCUCAAAGUGAACCUGAAGAAGGCUGGCUAUGAUGCCCCAACUCCUAUCCAAAUGCAGAUGGUUCCUGUAGGUUUGACUGGGAGAGACGUGAUUGCCACAGCUGACACAGGAUCUGGAAAAACCAUUGCCUUUCUGCUUCCGGUGGUGGUUCAUUCCUUAGAGAAAGAAGCAGGUUCUACAUCUGGCCCUGUGAGUGUGAUUCUGACUCCAACCCGGGAGCUGGCUAUUCAAAUUGAGACACAGGUGAAGGAGCUGAUUAUAGGCCUGCCAAAUAUGAGGACUGCGCUACUGGUCGGAGGGAUGCCCCUACCCCCUCAGCUACAUCGGCUCAAACAGAAAAUUAAGAUAGCGAUUGCCACUCCGGGGCGUCUCAUCGAGAUUGUGAAGCAGGAGGCCGUCCAGCUUGACAGUGUAAAGGUUGUGGUUAUUGAUGAGGCUGACACGAUGCUGAAGAUGGGAUUCCAGCAACAAGUGCUGGAGAUUUUGGAGCACAUUCCUGACAACCAUCAGACUUUGCUAACGUCUGCCACGAUGCCUGCAGGAACGGAGCUGCUAACAUCUCGUCUGACCAGCGAUCCUGUGCGCAUUACAGUUGGCCAGAAGAAUCAACCAUGCGCUAAUGUUCGUCAAAUUGUUCUCUGGGUAGAGGAGCCAUCGAAGAAAAAGAAGCUCUUUGAGAUUCUAAAUGAUGGAAAGCUCUACCAGCCUCCUGUGGUGGUGUUUGUAGACUGCAAACUUGGAGCUGACCUCUUAUGUGAGGCUGUGCACAAAGUUCUGGGUUUAAAUACUGUAGCUAUUCACUCUGACAAGACACAGUGGGAGCGCAACAGAAUCCUCAAGGGUCUGCUUGAUGGCCAGUAUGAUGUGGUGGUUAGUACAGGUGUACUGGGGAGAGGACUGGACCUGGUCAGUGUCAAGUUGGUGGUGAAUUUUGACAUGCCAACAAACAUGGAUGAGUAUGUUCAUCAGAUCGGUAGAGCAGGACGACUCGGGCACAGAGGGACUGCAAUCACCUUCAUGAACAACAACAACAAACGCUUGUUUCUGGAUAUAGUGGAGAGAGUAAAGCCGACUGGCUCACAGCUUCCACCACAACUGCUCAACUCCCCACAUCUACACAAUCAGCAAAGAAGAGCCAGAAAAAGUCAGAAACAAGGAGGAGGUGAUGUUGUGACCAAGAGCAAUAUCAUUGACAUUAUUAAAAGGCAUGACAGGAGCCAUUUUAAGUAGUAGUGCUGAUGAUUUGUACAAGAUGUAUAUAUAAUAUUAAUGUAUUUUUUUUAAAUAAAUAUCAUGUUGUAUUAUGAUGUCA